AUGAGCGGCUACGAGACUCUACCGCUGAAAAUGCCCAAGGGCAACACGCACUAUCUGUACAUGAAGAAGGACGACAAUUCUGCUGCGUCGGAGGACUCGACGAUCUUUGUGUGCAAUCUGCCUGCCGACUCGACUCUUUCUCACAUCAAGGCCUUGUGUCAGAGUCUGGGGGGCAGCAUUGUGGAGAGUUUUGAAUGGGUGAAUGUGAGUCGCAAUGUGCGGGCCGAGUCGCUGACACAUGGUCUUUCUGGCGGCUGCGGUCGUAUUCACAUGGUGGAUGCGGCUUCUUGCAACCGGGUGUUGAGUCAGGCCAAGAAGAAUGCUACAUGUGGAGUCAAGUGGGACGCCAAGCUGACGAUUGGCGGCAAGCAGCGAUACCAGUUGCUAUGGAAGUACUGUUUCCCUGCGCCCGACGAUUUGCAGGCCGAGGUGGACUAUUUCAUGGAGGAGUUUGCGGCCCGAGAGGAGGAGGAGAAGAAGGUGGAGAAGACGGGCCGAACGGUGGUGGACGCCGACGGAUUCACCACGGUGGUCAAGACGCAGAAAAAGAAGUCGUUGGCCAUGCAGGAGGCCGCCAAGCAGCAAGCCGAGGAAAUGAAGCUCGCUGAGAUCAAGCGACGAGAGAAGCGGGAGAAGAAGGAUUUCUACCGGUUCCAGAUCCGAGAGUACAAGAAGGAGCAGAUGACCGACAUGCUGACCAAGUUCAAGGAGGAUCAGGAGAAGGUCAAGCAGUACAAGGAGAGUGGGCGGUUCAACCCGUAUUAG